UUUCCUUUACGACAGCAGCGUGCGCCUAUCUUCCUUCUUUUUCUCGUCCUGAAGAUGGCGGCAGGGACACUCUACACAUAUGCAGAGAACUGGAGAGCCUACAAGGCUCAAAUUGCAGCCCAAUACAGUGGGGUUCAUCUGAAGGUUGCAAGUACCCCCCCUGCCUUCACCUUUGGGCAGACAAACCGCUUGCCUAAUUUCCUUAACAGUUUUCCCUUGGGCAAGGUUCCAGCUUUUCAGGGUGAUGAUGGCUUCUGUCUCUUUGAGAGCAAUGCUAUUGCUCACUAUUUAAGCACCGAUGCCCUUCGUGGUAGCACUCCUCAAGCCAGUGCCCAUAUCUUGCAGUGGGUCAACUUUGCUGAUUCUGAGAUCAUCCCUCCAGCCAGUGCCUGGGUUUUCCCAACCUUGGGCAUCAUGCAGUUUAAUAAACAGGCCACAGAGCAGGCAAAGGAGGAGGUGAAACGUAUGUUGCUUGUUCUGAAUCAGCACUUAAAUACUCGUACGUUCCUGGUUGGAGAAAGGGUCACUCUUGCUGACAUCACUGUGGUGUGCUCUCUGCUUUGGAUCUACAAGCAAGUUCUAGAGCCUGCCUUUCGUGAACCCUAUCCUAAUGUGAAUCGCUGGUUUGGGACGUGUAUCAAUCAGCCCCAGUUUAAAGCUGUUCUUGGAGAGGUCAAGUUGUGUGAAAAGAUGGCUCAGUUUGAUGCCAAGAAGUUUGCAGAGCUUCAGCCCAAGAAGGAGACACCUUCCAAGAAGGAGAAAGGGGGCAAAGAUGCAGGUAAGCAGCAGCUGCAGCAACAUCACGAGAAAAAGGAAAAGAAGGAGAAAAAGGAGGAGAAGAAAGCUGCCUCCCCUGCUGAGGAGAUGGAUGAGUGUGAAGCUGCACUGGCCUCUGAGCCUAAAACAAAGGACCCAUUUGCUCACCUUCCAAAGAGUACUUUUGUCUUGGACGAGUUCAAGAGGAAGUAUUCUAAUGAGGACACUCUUACUGUGGCACUCCCACAUUUUUGGGAAAACUUUGAUAAAGAGGGCUACUCUAUCUGGUAUGGCGAGUACCGCUUUCCAGAAGAACUUGCCAUGACAUUCAUGAGCUGCAAUCUUAUCACAGGAAUGUUCCAACGACUUGAUAAGCUACGCAAGAAUGCUUUUGCUAGCGUUAUCCUCUUUGGCACAAACAACGACAGUUCAAUCUCUGGCAUCUGGGUCUUUAGAGGACAAGAUUUAGCUUUCAGUCUGUCUGAAGACUGGCAGAUUGAUUAUGAGUCAUAUAACUGGCGUAAGAUGGAUGUAGACAGCGAGGAGUGCAAGACAAUGGUGAAGGAAUACUUUGCAUGGGAGGGUGAAUUUAAGCAUGUAGGCAAACCUUUCAACCAGGGCAAAGUCUUCAAGUGAUCCUUCAUGGCAUUUAAAC